AUGACGAUGAAGUGGGGUCACAGUUGCAGGAGAUGUAAGCAGAUCAAUGUCGUGACUGAUCACGUUACGAGGAGGACACGAUGCUUCGGGUGUGGUCUUGAAUUUAAAUAUCGCCCGAUCGGAGAUCUUUCCCCUGUAGCAGAGAACGAUACUGUUCGUCUCCCUGAUCCGACGAACACACUUUUAAGCAAUACUGAUCUCUCCAUUGUCACCACCGAGCACAAGAAUGGUUCUUUCGAUGAUUCCUUGUCCCUUAAUCUUGGAAAUUCGUCAAAACCUCGCUUGGAUCCAGUCUCUAUAGCCACCGCCAAGCUGAUGAAUGGGUCCUCCAAUGAUUUCUUGUCCCUUGGAACUUCACAGAAUUCAGAGACGAUUACUGCUUCUUCCGAUGAAUUCUUGUUCUCUGAUCUUGGACAUUUGCAGAAAUUUAGCUUCGAUCCCCUCUCAAUGGCCUCCACCAAGCCGAAUAAAGCUCUGUCCAUCGUCUCCAUCGAAGCUAUUUCCAAUGGGUUGAAACUUCCUGCGACAAUCAAGGGUCAGGCUAAUGAGAUCUUUAAGGUAGUGGAGAGUUAUGCCAGAGGAAAGGAACGAAACGUCCUUUUUGCUGCUUGUAUCUACAUUGCUUGUCGAGACAAUGAUAUGACUCGGACUAUGCGUGAAAUAUCUAGAUUUGCCAAUAAAGCCUCAAUUUCGGAUAUUAGUGAGACAGUUGGGUUCAUAGCUGAGAAACUGGAGAUCAACAAAAAUUGGUAUAUGAGUAUCGAAACUGCGAACUUUAUAAAGCGGUUUUGUUCUAUAUUUAGAUUGGAUAAAGAAGCAGUUGAAGCUGCUCUAGAAGCUGCGGAAAGUUAUGAUUAUAUGACUAAUGGUUGCAGCCGUAGGGCUCCUGUAUCAGUUGCAGCAGGAAUCGUAUAUGUCAUUGCUCGACUUUCUUAUGAGAAGCAUCUGCUCAAAGGUCUAAUAGAAGCCACUGGAGUUGCAGAAAACACGAUAAAAGGAACAUACGGGGACUUGUAUCCAAAUCUGCCAACAAUAGUACCCACGUGGUUUGCCAAUGCAAAUGACCUGAAAAACCUUGGAGCUCCUUAGAUCUUUAUGUGCGAGGAUACAAACAAUCUCACUCAAAGAAGCUUUCGUCUUUCCCUUUUUCUUUUUUCCUGAGCCCUUAUAAGAUUCUUCCUAGAACCCUUUACAC